GCAAUCUUGGUUGUCCCUUUUGCUCCCACCAGAGCUACCCUUUCUCCAGCACGAAAUAAUAUUUUGCCUUUUUUUUCCCUUAACUCGUUCCUUUCGUCCCUCGACGCAAAGGGUGUUUUGUGUGUUCCGCGUGGAAUGUGUAUGGGUUGAUUCGGCCACAGGCCACGCAGUUAUUCCUAGCCGAAUAGCUUGCCUUUCCGCUGCUCAGUCACAUUCAUUCAUGAGACCGAUCAUGGUGUGGUUCGCGAAUUGGGUGGCAAAACCUCGCAUUAUGUAAACACCAGGCACUCGGUAGAAAUACAUCGUACUGCUCUUCCCGUUUUCCAACGUGUGUUACCGUUUUGUAGUGCGUAAAAAGUGCGUUUUUGCAGCUGUAUAUAUGUGCAAUUGCUUCCCAUUUUGUGGCAAUUGAUAAGCUAUAAGUGCAAUCGGUGCUAGAAUUAUACAUCCCCUGGUGCUUACUAUCAUCAUCCGGCGGUCGAGCGAAUGAAGAAUCACUAUCUAACGGGAUAAGUGAAGCUGUCUUGGAACAGUGAAGGUUUCCCAGUGCGGUACAACGGUACCCUAUGUUAGUGAAGAAACGCAUCUCAAACCGGAUGGUUUCUGGGAUAGAGCAUCAGCUAGAACAACGCCCAACCGUACAGUCUUCCAAGACGUAGACGACGAACCCCAUCCGUGUGGAGAAACAGCGUGAACCAUCUACUUAAGGUUAAUUCAUUGCUUGCGUAAAAACGGGGAGGCUGUGCCACUGUGUGAGAGGUUGACCACGUUCAGCCACACUUUCACCGUCAGCGUCGUCGAGUUACAUCGAGCACAGCUCAUAUGAUCGUUAGCGAACUACUUUUACAAACGGAACGAAGUAGUAACAGCGACAAAAACGAAUUGCUCGUUCACGUUUCAACCAUUGCCCGGUGACCUAAGACUGCUCCAAUAUACAUGUGUGUGCCAUUACACAACCCUUAACCCCCCGGUGGUGGUGGUGCGUAAUACGUUCACUAGCGUAAGGAUAUGUACCUUUCGGCUUAAGUUUGGUCAAAGGUGAUUGGCAAACCGACUUAACGGUUAAAGAAUUAUUUAAAAUUGAACAUUUAAAAACAAAUUCAACCACUGCCUGUGAGAACACGUGUCCCACCCCCAAAACAAACCGUGCAAAAAGGAAGGAUCGCAACAUGAGUUCAACCGAUCAGGACCGUGCAAAUAAAACGAUUCGUGUUGGAUCGCGAAAAAGUGAGCUGGCUCUCACACAAACGAAGCAUGUAAUCUCUCUGCUCCAGAAGCUCAAUCCGGAUGUGGUGUAUGAAAUUCAUACGAUGACAACGGUUGGCGAUCGAGUGCUAAACAAAUCACUGCCAAAGAUCGGCGAAAAGUCGCUCUUCACGAAGGACCUCGAGGAUGCAUUGCGAACCGGCGGCGUGGACUUUGUGGUACACUCGCUGAAAGAUUUGCCCACCUCGUUACCGCUCGGUAUGGCGAUAGGGGCUGUGUUGGAGCGCGAAGAUCCACGGGAUGCACUCGUGCUGAACGAACGUCAUCGUGGCUGCACGCUGGCCACACUGCCCCGUGGUUCGAUCGUCGGUACAUCGUCCCUAAGACGAUCAGCUCAGCUUGCCCGCUUCUACACCCAUCUGUCCGUGUGCGAUAUUCGAGGGAACUUGAACACGCGGCUGGCAAAGCUCGAUGCCGAUACGUCCAAGUUUGCCGGCAUCAUACUCGCACAGGCUGGUCUCGUGCGGAUGGGCUGGAACAAGCGUAUCGAUCAGAUAAUUGAACCGCACGAAAUUUUGUACGCCGUAGGACAGGGUGCACUAGCCGUCGAGUGUCGAUCGAACGAUGAUUAUAUACUGGGGAUGCUGGGAAAGUUAUGUCAUCUGGAGACCCAGUGCAGGAUACUGACGGAACGAAGCUUCCUGAAGACACUCGGCGGAGGUUGUAGCGCACCGGUUGCUGUCCGUACGGAUCUGAAACGUCGCUGGAGAAGCGAUGAUGCGGAUGGGGAAAAGCAACAAUCGGGACGCAAGCGUGCCUCGCAGGACGGUGUGGAGGAAGAUGGCGAAACAUUCCAGCUGGUUGUCGAGGGUGCUGUCUGGAGUUUGGACGGGAAAACUGAAAUCCGCACUAAUGGCGAUUGUACACUCGAACUGGCCGAAAGUCGACCGGAUUGUGAGGGUAAAAAUGUUAUUCCGGGCGUGGAAGACGACGACGGUGAGCUGCAUCGUGCAAAAAAGCGUAGACCGACGAGCUUGCCCAGCACGGAGGUUGGAGAUCGUGUCAGUACGAUCGAGUCCGAUCAUCAGCAGCGUAAGAAGAGUCCGGAAAUUAUUCGUGAUAACGAAAUUUUGAUACCCGGUUGCUCUAAAGAUGGUGGUGCUCGUAUGGAUUUGACCAAGUUCAUCGACAUUCAUGGAGAACUGUUUAAGAAGUGUCCUUAUUCGUCGGAGCUAACGAAAAUGGCAACGGGAGCGAAGGGAUCGGAUCGCAAUGGUAAUGAGCUUAGGAAUGAAACGUUCGCUAAGGACAAAACGGGAAGCGAUGAUGCUAAAACUACUACGCCCGAAACGGAACAGCUAUGUCCUAGCGCACGCUUUCCCGUCGGACAGGAAGUGAUGGGAGACUGUCCGUUCGUUAGCACGGAAGAAAAGGUCGAUUUGGUGGGAAGCAUUUCCGUUGGUUUGGUGUGCCCGGUAACUGGUAACAAGCAGCAGGAACAUGACAAAAAUGGCGACUCUCAAAAUGGUGCUGGGAAUGGGAAGAAAGCGGAACAUGUCUUUACGGUGGCCCAACCGUUGGCCGACAAAUGUCCUUUCCUCGCUUCGGCCAAAGUGCUUGACUACAAUGAAAAUCUCGAUCAGCGUCAGAUUGUCGAACCGAAGCUAAAGGACGACAGUGAACAUCUGUUCUGCGGGAUGCACCGACAUUCGUACAUCCAGCGGGAAGUGUUCGAACGGUGCGAAAAGUUGGGUUACGAUCUGGCCCAUAAUCUGAUUGCGAAAGGAGCACUCGCGGUGAUGAAGUGCGCCCAGAACGAGAUCCACUCGAAGCUGACUUAAGGAUUGGUCGGGUUUUGCAGUUCCUGCGUUGCGUAAAGACAACCGCGUAGCAUAAUUAGUAAAAUGUUGAUUUUGUUUUGCUCUUCUUUAACACAUUUUGUGUUUUGUUAUCUAGCGUACUCGUUAAACAGAAUAGUACGAUGUCGCCCCAAGGGAUCAAUGUUUUGUGUAAACGACAUGAAAGAAACUUUUUGCAAUAUAAAUGUUAGACAACUA